AUGAUGCUCAUCCGCUCCUUUGUCCUAGCCGGCGCCGCUUUGUGUGCCAACGCUUUUUUGGUCAUUCCUGAAGUUGAGGGAAACACGGUCGCCCCGGAGGUUGACCCCAUUCAGAUUCUUGACACAAAGCAACAGCAGAUCACCCUGCGUUGUACCGAGUGUCCAUUCAGAGAGGUAGAGCAAGAUGGAGAGGUCAGCUGGACUGAUGGUUUCGAAACUACUCUCUCAUUCAAUUUUACUGCAGAAGAUGGUGUUCUGCGUGCCAACGGCGGCCGAAUCUUCCCUGCUCCUCCGAUGACGAUUACUGCUGUUCAACGUCGAGAACUCGAUGGAAAGGAGUCCGGACCGAUCUCGCUGGGGCACAUGAUUGAGGUGCUGCCACAGACUACCCCGUCCGAGGACCCGGUUCUCGAACUGUCGACUGUUCGAUUCACCGUCCUGGAUCUGGAUGGCCAUCCCGUUCCAUUGGACACCAUCACUGUUGUUCUUGUCCGAGAUCCCACGGGCGAGAUCUUCAUGACAAGCACCGGCAUUGAGGAAACCCCUGACCGGAUGUCGUGGAGACAAUGCCAAGGAAAGCCAAGCUGCUUGAGGAAGCUCCUCUUCAGUCGCAUCCGGGCUCUCCUUGCUGCCACUAGGGCACGCAUGCGUGAACUGGGAUCCAAGAUCUCUGGAUCCAAGGGCUGCCAUGGCGGGCCAACUAUGCCCCAUGAUUCCCACCAUGGGCAUCAUGCAGAUGGCCAUGAUCAUGACCACUCCCGUUUUGCGUUCCCCCCGCCACCAGCCCCCCUGCUGAUGGUGACAGUCCUUCAUUUUGGAAUGGUGGUCAUCCCGGCCCUGUUUGGGCGCAUCACCAUCAUCACUACCCUACCUGGAUUUCCCGUGCGAUUCGCUUCGUUAUUAUCCCUGCUGCACUAG